AUGGCCUCGGACGAAUACGGGGGAUCUCCUAUGAACAUUGCUGGGCAGCCAGUCUGUGUCUGGGCUUUCGCGUGUAAUGAUUCCCAUCCAAGCCCAGAGGGUGAGGGCGAGGCCGUUCGUGAUAUUGUGGUCGACGUGGGCAAAAAGGGCACUAGCCGGACUCCACACAUCAACGAUCCCUGCGGAAAGAUUACGGUACGGCAGGGUACGGCAACGGUACCUGGGACACACUGCGUCUCUGUGACGGAGCUGGGAAGGGACCUCCUGCGCCAGAAGCCUGAGUUCCUCCCCAUCUACAUGAUAUUCAUUCGAGUGAUGGAGCGAGUAGAGCCGUUCUAUUUAGCCCCAAUAUUCCCUGGUCAUCUGUCCUUUUUUUUUUCUCCGUAA